CAGAGCCCAAGAUGAAGGUUGAGUUUGCUCCGCUCUCCGUGCCACUGCAGAGGAGGCUUCAGAUGGCGUCGGUGGUUCAGUGGGUCUUCAGCUUCCUAUGUCUAGCACAGUGCUGCACAGUUGCCUUCAUCGCCCUCUUCUUCACACGUUUCUGGCUGGUCAGUGCCCUCUAUGCCGCAUGGUGGUUCCUAGACAGGGAAAAACCCAGCAAAGGUGGGAGGCGGAUCCACACCAUCCGGAACAGCAUCGUCUGGAGAUACAUGAGGGACUAUUUCCCCAUCACGCUGGUGAAGACGGCAGAGCUGGACCCUAGACAGAACUACGUGAUGGGAUUUCAUCCCCACGGGGUCCUGGCAGCAGGAGCCUUUCUCAAUUUCUGCACAGAGGCAUCGGGCUUUUCCACGCUCUUCCCAGGCAUCACCCCGCACCUGAUGAUGCUCUCCCUGUGGUUUCGUAUCCCGUUCUUCAGGGACUAUCUGAUGAGUGGAGGUCUUGUCUCCUCCGACAAGGAGAGCGCAUCCUACGUGCUGCAGAGGCGGGAGGGGGGGAACAUGCUGGCCAUCAUCGUUGGUGGGGCGCAGGAGGCGUUGGAUGCCCGGCCAGGAUCCUGCACCUUGCUGCUGAAGAACAGGAAGGGAUUUGUCCGCUUGGCCAUCGAGCACGGCACCCCACUGGUCCCCAUCUUUUCCUUUGGGGAGAACGACCUCUUUGACCAGGUGAGAAACCCCAAGGGCUCCUGGCUGCGGUCGCUCCAGCACCGGCUCCAGCAGAUCAUGGGCAUCUCCCUUCCCCUCUUCCACGCACGAGGCAUCUUCCAGUACAGCUUCGGGCUGGUACCUUACCGGCGGCCCAUCUGCACUGUGGUUGGGAAGCCCAUUCCAGUGCAGAGGAAGCACAGACCCUCCAACGAAGAGGUCGAUCGAGUCCAUCAGGAAUACCUAAAAGAAUUGAGCAAGCUCUUUGAGGAGCACAAAGCUAAAUACAACAUCCCAGAAGACAGGCACCUGGAAUUUAUAUAGAGCUCCUCGAAGAAGGUGAAACCAUGGAGAUCGAGCUCCAAGUUUCUCCCUGUUUCUGGAACCAUUUCACAACCUCAACUUAGUCACAUUUAACAUAUGGUCUGGACAGCGUAGGGGGAAGAAUUUGAUUUUCCCGGCAUUUGUAUGGGUAUAAGGCCAGAGUUUUCUUUUUUCUUUUUUUUUUUUUUUUUCUUCCUGAAGGAUACAUAAGAGAUAUAAAGAAGAAGAAAAAAAAAAUCCCAUCUGUGGUCAGCACUAUUGAAACUCCCCAGCAGAAAUCUCACACUUCCAGUCUGGUUUGGAGGCCAGUAUUUCCAGGCAGAUAGGAAGUAUUGAAGGUUUCCUUUACAUUAUUUUCAUUCAGAAAUGGAAUGAUGAGCCAUAAUUUCUACUGAAUGCAUAUGUUUGUUUGUUUGGUUUUUUUAAUAUAAUUUGUCUCGAUCAACCAAUGAUCAUUGUUUGCUUGGUGCUCUUCAUGUCUUUAAUUGCGCUGAGCUCUUUUCUCACUGCCUGAAACACAGUUUAUCAGAAAGCUUAUACUCCUGGGAUGGUGUUGGGCACC